AUGGUCUUAGAUUUGGAGGCAGUGAUCCUCAUACCAACUGAUUCACACUUGGCUGUGAACCGCUCCAAGGUCUCAGAACCACAGUGCAACUGCACUACAAACACCUGCUCCAUAUUCUCCGAGAGCCUUGGUUAUCUCUUCCCGUUCAACAUCGAGUUCCACAUCUUUGUCUCUGCCUUACUUUUUGUCAUGUGGAAGAACAUCGGACGCACCAUUGACCUGUCCUCAAACAAGAAGAGUCUAGUWACCAAAACUCAGGGUUUGAGCUUAGGCCCCAUUCUGGGUCUUCUGUCUGUGGCCAGCACGAUUGGAAUACUGGUGGUCUACAUCACGCGUGUCGAGGGCUCCCUCGAACUACGCCACUCAGCCAUUUCUAUGUUCUACAUUUAUGGCAUUGUCACGCUGGCGGUCAUGUGUGCGGCUAGUACUUUAGGUCUACUCAUAUAUCGAGCAAACCACAUGCCGUUAGACACGGCCAAGAACCCYUCAAGACAGCUGGACACGGAGUUGCUCUUUGGAUCAGCUGUGGGCUCCUGGUUCAUGUCUUGGUGCAGCGUUGUGUCCGUGCUCAGCACCAGCAGCAACCCUCCCCACCGCUGGACCAACCUGAUCUACUCCCUGCUGGUCAUCUUGGAGAAGUACCUCCAGAACCUCUUCAUUAUCGAGUCCCUUUAUCGCCAGCAAGAAGRCACUGAAACAGGAGACCCAGAGGUCCCAACUGCUCCGGAAGUGUUCUCAGUGACCUCCUCUACGCCUUCAGAGCUCGGCGGGAUCGUCAAUCAGGCAUUUGAGACCCCCGGCUGUUCGUGUCCUUCCAUGGAGAACGAGCAGGAGGAGAACGGACAGGUGUACGGRUGUCAGCGGAAGCAGUCCAACGUGCCGCUGCCCGUGCACUCUCAGGUYGUGAAACCCUUCAAUUUAAAGAGGCUGAUUCUGAAGAACAUCGCUGUUUUAAUGCUGAUGUGCAAC